AUGGCCGAUCCGGAGAAGUCAGUCCCACCUGCCGUUGUGAUCUCUCAAUAUGACUCUCCAACUCAGCCCAGUUCAUCUAACAAAGAGUUCUAUUCGUCACUUGACCAGUCACCUACGUCUUCCGUGACAAGGUCAGAGGGAGAUCACGAUGAAAGAGCACUCACCUUAACCACCACUCAGCAUUCCAGGCGUUCACAAUCGCUCUCCAGAAACGUGAGCAGGAUAACCACGCACGGCACGGGUUUCACGUGUGAUCCAAGAUAUGAAGUCGACUUUGGCGUCGAGGACCCCUAUGAUCCUAGGAACUGGUCAUUAGCGUAUAAAGCAUAUGGCUUGUUCUCCAUAUCUUUCGGUACGCUGGGGGUGGUGAUGUACUCAACUUCGUACACGUCGGGGAUGGGCAAAAUGCAGGCAGAAUUUGGCGUCAAUUCAGAGGCGAUUGCAACCCUCGGUGUGACGACGUACCUCUUUGGGCUUGCUAUCGGCUGUUUGCUGCUGGCACCUAUCGCCGAAACCUACGGGCGGAAACCAGUCUAUAUGCUUUGCAUGACGAUGUUCACAAUACUGGUCCUUCCGGCUGCUCUUGCCAAAAGUCUACAGGGUAUCAUCAUUACACGCUUUUUUGGGGCGUUGUUCGGUAGCGCCAUGAUUGCAAAUGCUCCUGGUACAAUAGCGGAUAUGGUGUCAGACGAAUAUCGCAGUACGGCAUUUUCGAUUUGGAGUAUUGGACCAAUGAAUGGCCCCGUCAUCGGACCGGUCAUUGGAGGCUUCGUGACUGAUUAUCUAGGCUGGCGGUGGACCAACUGGAUUGUUAUGAUCUGGGCAGGGAUCGCCUCCGUUCUCUUGAUCGUGAUGAAAGAGACAUACUCGCCCGUCCUCUUACAGAAGAAAGCCAAGAAGUUGCGUCGCGAGGAGAAUGACGAUAAGUAUUGGAGUCGGUACGACAUUCGAGUUGGCUUCCUGGAACUUAUGAAGAUCAAUCUGUCUCGUCCUUUCAUUAUGAUGAUCAAGGAACCCAUUUGUAUCUUCUGGAAUGUCUACAUUUCACUCAUUUAUGGAAUUCUCUACCUCUGCUUUGUCGCAUAUCCGAUUAUUUUCACGGAAGAACGAGGAUGGUCGACCAGCUUGAGUGGCUUGUCGUUUUUGGGCAUCGGCAUUGGCACCAUGAUAUGCAUAUGUUGCGCCUCGCCCAUCCGGAAAAUGAUCAACAAUCAUAAGCCAGAUGCGCAUGGCAAUGUCCCACCCGAGGCCAUGUUGAGCAUCGUGUGCCUUGCCGCAAUCAUGGUGCCCGUAGGGCAAAUUUGGUUCGCUUGGACGUGCUAUCCUACCAGCAUACAUUGGUCCAUACCCAUCGCCGCCGGCAUACCCUUUGGAUUCGGCAACGGUACUGUUUUCAUCUAUUCGGGAAACUAUCUUGCCUACAGCUAUGGCAUUUACGCUGCGAGCGCCAUGGCUGGAAACGCGUUGAUGAGAUCUUUCCUGGGCGGCACACUACCCCUGGCAGGGCCAUCUCUCUAUCGAGCUUUGGGGCCCAAUUGGGCCGGAAUGUUCUUGGGACUGCUGGAAGUGUUGAUCAUCCCGAUCCCCUUCUUAUUCUAUAAGUACGGAGGUCGAAUCCGCCAGAAGUCCACUAUGAUCCGAGAAAUGAGGGAGAACGAAGAGCGACAGGAGCGCAGGAAGAAGAAGGCGGAGGAGAGAUUGAGGAGGGCGGAAGAGAAUGGAGACGAGCGGGAAAGGGGAGAGGCCCGGGUCGAACUUUGUCGUGUUGAAAGUCGCUUGGACGAAGGUGGCAAUGUCGAAGCCGCUGGGCUCGAGACGCUGAAUAACCUACAAGGGCUGGACAGGGAGACCCUCGAGGAUUACCAAGGGCUGAGAGCCCGGGACAAAUCGUCAGCGAGGCAAGCGAAGGUCGAGGAGGUGUGA